ACUUCUGUCUCGCCCGGGAGAGAGAAACGUCGUCCUCGACGGUUGUCGUUCCUCUUGUUGGCUGUAAUUACUACUACGAUGGUAAUCGUGUAUUACAUUCAAUACAAACCGGGUACUCCAUGCUAUCGUUUGUAAUUUACGCAAAACGCCCUCACAAAUACCCGGUGCGUUUUAUAAUAUAGACAAUUAUUUAUAAUUUAAAUAACCUUUCACUUAAUAUAUUAAUUUUAUUAUUAUUAUUAUUAUUGCUAAUUAAAUAUCUAUACGCAGGUACACGCACUUGACAACGUCUUGUAUAUUUUAAAAAUUUAAAUGUUAAAUUAGACAGUUGCCGAUUAUUUAUCGUAAUAUUUAAAUAUAAAUAAAUAUCUACUGGUUAAAUAAAUAAAUAAAUAAUAAUAAAAUUUAAAAAGUGUAACGUGGGUGUGAAGUGCGAGGGCGGGUUAUGGAGCUUUAUCCAUAUCGCGUGUAUUUACUUUUAUCUUCAUUUAUUUUAUCAUCUUUUAUUGUCGGAACGUCAAGAGCAUCUGAUGGAAUCCCUACUGAUUCUCAAAAAGUUUGUCCCCUGAGACAAUUUCAAUGUAAAAAUGGUAAUUGCUUACCUAUGCCAUGGGUUUGCGAUGGUGCAGACGACUGUAAAGAUAACUCGGAUGAGAUUCCAAGCAUAUGCAAACCAAAAUCAUGCAACCAAACUGAAUUCAAGUGCAAGAGCGGCAAGUGUAUACCAGGAAAUUGGCAAUGUGACAACGAGCAUGAUUGCUAUGAUGGUUCGGAUGAGGAUCCUGCUGUAUGCCGAAGAAUACCCUGCAAUAGAGAUACUGAAUUUCAAUGUAGUCCAGGUGAAUGUAUCGCUAAAUCCUGGAUUUGUGAUCGUCAAAAUGAUUGUCAAAAUGGAGCUGAUGAAAUAAAUUGUCACAAUGACACAUGUCGCUCGGAUCAGUUCACAUGUGCCAACAAAAAGUGUAUUCAAAGCAAUUGGGUGUGCGAUAAAGACGAGGAUUGCGAUGACGGAAGUGACGAAAAAAAUUGUCCUCCUGUAACGUGCAAUCCCGACACCGAUUUUACCUGCGCUUUGGGAAACUGCAUCCCAUUACGCUGGAGAUGUGAUGGUGAUUAUGAUUGCUCGGACCAUUCAGACGAGGUGGGGUGUAAAAAAACAGACGGUCCUACCCAUUGUGCUGAGCACGAAUUUCGCUGUGAUGAUCUAACUUGCAUCCACCGUACUUGGGUGUGCGAUAAUGGAAAAGAUUGUCCGAAUGGUUCGGAUGAGUCUCCAGAGAGAUGUCAUAACGUAACAUGUCGUUCUGAUCAAUUUCAGUGUGGAGAUCGGACAUGUAUUUUAGGGCACUUAUCAUGCGAUGGAAAACCCGACUGUAAAGACGGCAGUGAUGAGAAAAAUUGUACGACAAAAGCAUCGCCCUGUGAUUCACAUACACAAUUUGAGUGUAGUGAAGGCUCUUGUAUACCAUUGGAUCGUGUCUGCGACAAGAAACCCGACUGUAUUGGUUGGGAAGAUGAGAGCCAAGAGCGAUGUGGUGUCAAUGAAUGUUUGAAAAAUAACGGGGAAUGCACACAAAUAUGUGUUGAUAUGCCAAUCGGUUACAGAUGCGCCUGUCGACCUGGUUACCGGCUCAUCGAUAAUCGUACGUGUGACGACAUAGACGAGUGUCUUGAGCCCGGAAGUUGCUCCCAAUAUUGUUUCAAUGAAAAGGGUACAUUUAAAUGCUCCUGUGCACGCGGAUAUCUUAGAGAUCCAAAGAACGUGACGCGUUGUAAAGCCGCUGAAGGUCAUGCUAGUCUUCUAUUCGCACGGCGACAUGACAUUAGAAAAGUUGCUCUUGACAGACAAGAAAUGACGGCCAUUGUUAACAACACAAAAAUGGCAACGGCAUUAGAUUUUGUCUUUCGUACGGGGAUGAUAUUUUGGAGUGAUGUUCAUGAGAAAAAAAUUUACAAAGCUCCUAUUGAUGAAGGCAAUGAAAGGACGGUGGUCAUUGACAAAGAUUCAACGACAACUGAUGGGCUUGCCGUUGAUUGGAUUUAUAAUCAUAUUUACUGGACGGAUGCUGGCAAGAAUACCAUUGAGCUAGCUAAUUUCGAAGGUAAUAUGCGUAAAACAUUGAUAAAGGAUCAAAUACAAGAGCCGAGAGCUAUUGCGUUAAAUCCACUAGAGGGAUGGAUGUUUUGGACAGAUUGGGGUGAUGAGGCACGCAUUGAAAGAGCUGGAAUGGAUGGAUCUCAUCGAUCGGUAAUUGUUGGCAGUGAAGUCACUUGGCCGAAUGGUUUAACGCUCGAUUUAGUUGGUAGAAAAGUGUACUGGGUUGACGCUAAAUUACAUAUUAUCGGGACUUGUAAUUACGAUGGCACCGGAAGGCGUACGGUUUUAUAUUCACAAGAUAAUUUGAGACAUCCAUUUAGUAUAACUACCUUUGAAGAUUAUGUUUACUGGUCCGAUUGGGACAAACAGUCUAUAUUUAAAGCCAAUAAAUUUACGGGAAAAGAAGUUAAAUCAGUAACGCCACUCAGAUCACUACAAAAUCCAAUGGUCGUUCAUGUUUAUCAUCCAUAUAGACAACCUGACGGUACUAAUCAGUGUCAAGCUGUUAAUGGACACUGUAGUCAUUUGUGUUUACCAGCACCAAAAAUAAAUUCGAGAUCGCCGGUGCUCAGUUGCGCUUGUCCUGACGGGUUAAGAUUAUUACCCGAUGGUCUAAUGUGUGUCGAGAACGUAACAACAACAAUGGAACCUACGACACAAGAAUUUACGCGACCGUUCAGGAAAUUAGAGCCUGUUGUUUCAACAACGGUUUCAGGAGCUACGGAUGUAGUUGAUACCAACGGAAACAGUAAUCUCGGCACCGAGCCAACAGAUCCUGGGCUGGUUGCUGGUAUAGUUAUUGGUGUUGUAACCUUAGGUCUUCUAUUACUUGCACUGGUGGCAGUAUUAUGCUACAGGCAUUAUCUACAUCGCAAUGUCACAAGUAUGAAUUUCGAUAAUCCAGUGUACAGAAAAACUACUGAAGAUCAAUUCAGUCUUGAAAAAAAUAGGUUCCCCUUACCUACGGCAACCGUUGGCGAGGAGGCACAAGAACCCUUAACUAGCCCCGGAACCAAUGACUACGUUUAAGAUUUUUAAGUAAAUAAUCUUAUCGUAAAGACUUAGCGGGCUGAUAAAUAAUAGCCGUUACAAAAUAAAUUGUUGGAAAAAUUAAAAAGUAAAUUUAAAAAAACGAAAAAAUGAAGAUAUAUAUUGAGAAGAUUAAAAUCGAGUUAAGGCAGUGUGUGCCUGACCGAAAUGUCCGCCUGCUGCCUGCCAAUUAAGCUGUGAUUAUGUUUAUUUUUUUGUACUAUUUUUAUUAUGUUUAAAAAACAAAAAAAUAAUAACAAAAAUACUGUAAUAAUUAUUGCAUUUUCAUCGUUCGAUCAAAUAGAUUUACGUUAUUGAUCACUCACUUAUAAAUAGAUAACUCAACAAUUUAACAAAAAUGCACACGAUUGUCACAAUUAAAUAAUUAGACGUAUAUCCUAAAAGUCGCCAAACUAAUUUUAUGAUCCACAUCAUAUAUAUAUAUAUAUAUAUAUAUAUACAUAAAUAUAUAUACACAGAAAAAAAAAUAUCUUGGCGCAAGAAAUAUUUUGCACUAUGAGUUAAAGACAAAACUUUUCUUAUGACUGGAAAAAAUUUCUUGGCACAAGAAUUUUUUACUCGCCCAAGAAAAUUUUUUUUUUUUUCUAAAAAUGCAAAAAUUUUCCUGGGGCGAGUAAAAAUUUUUUUCUGUGUAAAUAUUAAUGUAAUAAAAUUCAAGUAUUUUUAAGAUUUUACUCUCUAUAAAUCUCUUUGCUUACGUAAUUUAAAUUUAAAAAAAAAAUAAUUUAUUUAAAAAAGACAAUUAAUUAUAAAAUUUUGACUAUGUUGUAAAAUUUGAGUGAGAUUAAUUUUAAAUUUAUAAAAAAUUAUCUGUGUUAAAAAUUAGCUUUCAUUUAUUUGAAUUUAUUAUUUAUUAUAAUUAUUUAAAAUUUAUUAUUUUAUUUAUUUAUUUUGAGCCCUUAUUGAUCAAAUGAAAGCAACAAACUUAAUAAUAUUUUUUUAGCAUUAGAUUUAUGUUUUAUUCCCUCAUUAUUGUAAAACCCACAUUACAAUGAUAUUUAGCUUACUGUAAAUAUUUACCUUAAAAACAUAAAAUUUUUUAAUCUAACGCUAUUUUUAUUAUCCAUUAUUAUUGUUUAUUAUAUAACAGUGUAUAUAUAAUUAGAUUCAAUUUUAAAUAUAUAUAUAUAUUAUUAAUCAAUAUGUUAAUUCCAUAUAAAAAUAAUUAUAAUUAUUAAAAGUAUGACACGUUAGCAGAAAAAAAAUUUUUUUUUUUUAAUAAUUACAAUAAAAAUUAGGGGUGUGAAUGAUUUGCAUCUCGAACUAAAUAUAAAAAUUGGCGGUAAAAUAUAAAAAUUUAAAAACUAAAACAAUUUUUUAUUUUGAACUUGACAGUAAAAUUGAAAAUUGUAAAAAAAGAAAAAAAUUAUCACUGAUUUUAUAACAUUGAAUUCACAAAAGAUGUCAAUGUCUUCAUACACUCGAAAGCUGUUUUAAAUAUUUACAGAAUGAUAUAUAUUUAUAUAUAACUUUCUGUAUGUACGUGGGUGUGACAAUUGAAAAAAAAAUUAUCACUGAUUUUAUAACAUUGAAUUCACAAAAGAUGUCAAUGUCUUCAUACACUCGAAAGCUGUUUUAAAUAUUUACAGAAUGAUAUAUAUUUAUAUCCGGAGACACGGUAGUGUCUCGCGCCAAGUACGUAUAACUUUCUGUAUGUACGUGGGUGUGACAAUUGAAAACUCUUAUAGUGGAAAGUCAAUAGAAUUAUUUUAGUUUUUGAACUUUAAUAUUUUCACACCCUAUGAUUUUUAUCCGGCAUAAAUAAAAAACUUGCAGGAUUUAUUAUACACUAGUUCAGUUUAAUAAAAGUUAAGAGUACUAUUAAUUGGAAAUUUAAUAUUCUAAAUCCGAACCAAGUAUCCAAGUUUGAUUCAAUACCCAUGUAAAAAAAAAUUCGUUUCAAACAGAAUUCAAAAAAGUUCAACAUGUGGACUUCUACACUUUAGAGAUUGGAACUUCGAGUGGAACUUGAGAGUAAAAAAAGAAUAUUUUUAAAACACGAUCCUGAAGUUAGCCGACAGUUCACAAUUUUUGGAUUUUUUUUCAAUACAUUAAUUACAAAAAAAAAAUGCACAUAUAGAAAAUUUAAAAAACUAUAAGUGCAAUUUUUUUAAAUAAUUUUUCGUUUAAAAAAAAUUCAAUAAUUAUUAGACGUCGAGUAACUUCAAUAUCACUUAUACCCUUGUUUCAAAAAAAUUCAAAAACUUUAAUUUGGAACGUUCUUUUUUUACUCAAAAUUCGCUCAUAAAAAUCCUAGAUAAACUUUUUUUUUUACUGUCAAAAUUACAUAAAUUCAAAAAAAGUUCCGUUUUAAGUUCCAAUCUUUCUCAAGUGUAGAAGUCCACAUGUCGAACUUUUUUUGAAUUUUCUUUACGCGGGUAAAAAUACGACUAAUAAUAUUAAAUUCAAACAUAAUUCGCACGUCCCUAAUUUAUAAAUUUUUAAAAAGCUUUAGAAAAAUUUAUACUACUAGAUAAUAACCAUGUAAAUUUUUUUUAAAUCAUAAAAAUAUAUGACGUGUAGUUCAUAUCACAAAAUCAAUUUAUUUUGAGACAUAUUUAAUUUAAUCACAAUUACAAUUAAUCUGAAAAAAAGUAAUAGUUAAUAGAAUAAAUAAUUAAUUAAAUAAUGGAUUAAAUAUAAUGAUAAUAAUAAUAAUAUAAAUAAUAAUUAUAGUAAAUAAGAGCAGCUCAAUGACACUAAAAAAAUCUGACUGUAAGUCUAAAUAAUGAAUAUUUAGAUAUUUCGUGUUAUUGAAUGAAAAUAUAAGUCAUUGUACAAGUAAUAUGUAUAGAAAUAUAUUUAAUAUAAGGAUUAAUCGCUUAUAUACAUCAUAAAAAGAUAAAACUUAUACCUAAAUAUAAUAUUGAAUCAUAACAUCUACAUGUCUUCUUUAUAAUUAAACUCAUUCGCGCUUCAUUGUUUUACAUUUAAAAAAAAAUUAUAUAUUAAUUAUAAUGAACAUAAAUAUUUUUAAAUUAACGCACAUUUUAUUUGUUAAAAAAAAAAAUUGAAAUUUAAAAAUUGUUAGACAUUUUAAUUUUAAAAAUAAAAUACCCGUCCAAAUUAUUCCGAACUUUAUUUUUUAGUUUAAAAAAAAAAGUUUAUGGAUCAAUGAUCGAUUGUUUUAAAAUAAUUUAAGGGGGGAAAGGGUCUGAGAUGCAAAAAAAGAGGAUAUUUUUGUGAUUUUUUUUUCAGAGUAUCUUUAUUAAAAUUUUCAAAAAUUACGACAUUAUUAAGGAUUAUUCCAAGAAUAUUCUGCUAAAUUUUCAUAAAAAAAUAUUGAAAAAUAAGCCAGUGGUAGCGGGGAGAGACGAGUCACCUCAAAAAGUCUCCAUGCCGUAGGCACGAUAACUCAUGACUGCUUCAUCUGAAAUAAAAAAACCAAAAAGAUUUCUUUAGUACAUGUUUAGCUUGGAUUUAAACGAAAGAUUUUUUUUUGCAAUUACUACUUAUUUUUUAAUCAAACAAAAGGAGCAAUUUUUGGUAAAAAUCAGUCUUUUUAUUGCACCUUUACCAUAAAUUCAAAAAUGAAUAUUUUGUUUAUUCCUUCGUUCAAAUCCAAGAUAAACUUAUGUACCAAAGAAAUCUUUUUGGUUUUUUUAUUUCAGAUGAAGCAGUCAUGAAUUAUCCUGCCUACGGCAUGGAGACUUUUUUUUAAAGAGACUGUUUCUCCCCGUUGCCACUCGCUCGUUUCUCAAUAUUUUUUAAUGAAAAUUUAGCAGGAUAUUCUUGAAAUGAUGCUUGAGAAUGUCACAAAUUUUAAAAAUUUUAAUAAAGAAGGUUCUCUGAAAAAAAAUCCCAAAAAUAUCCUCUUUUUUUGUAUCUUAGAUCCCUUUCCCCCUUAAAUAAUUAUAAUUAUUGAAUGUAAUUAAUUUAUCAUGAAAUUUAUUACACUGAUAAAAAAAGUAAUUUUAAUAAUAUUGAUAUUAAUAAUAAUAAAUUAUGCUAUUUUUAUUGUAAACAAUGUAAAGUAAAAGGAACAAUGCAUGCUUGAUUCUUACCGAAAAAUAAAUACCAUAUUUGUGUCUGUAUUA